CGUCUUCAGUGUGUCGUCCGCCGUUCGCACGAGAAGAGACUACCGCAGCCGCCGCCAGCAGAGUAUCUCAAGAUGGCGAACGUCGUCGCGCCGACGAUGCUCGCGCUUCUCACCGUCGCGCUGCUCUCUAGCACGCUGACAUCUUCACAUCCAAUCACAGCUGACAAGUGUCGAACCGGAUGUCACGGAGUGACGCCGAACAAUUUCAAGUAUGCGGAAGGUACAACGUACAAAUACUCUUUGGAAUCGACGGUUGAUAUCACGCUAUCCACCGCGGAGGGACAACAAUCUGCUACUAAAGUCAAAGCUAAUGUUUUGCUCACGCAGCAGCCGCAAUGCGUUCAAGUACUGCGACUACAGAAUGUGCAAAUUCUUGGUGGCGAUGGCAAGAAAAAGGGUACUAUCCCCAACCUGGACAAAGCAAUUAAGAUCAACUUCCACGAUGGUCACAUCGAAGACAUCAUCUGCGCGGAAACCGGAGAUACCCAAGUCUCCCUCAACAUGAAACGCGCCGUGGCCUCCCUCUUCCAAGCCGCUUUGAAAUCAUCAACAGAAACCGAUGUCUUUGGCGUGUGCCCAACCACAAUCACCUCCUCAAAGGAAGGCCCAAUCGUGACCCACACCAAGAGCAGAUCCCUCAACCACUGCGCCCAUCGCGAGAACGCCAAACACGACUUCCUUACCACCGCGUUCAACCUGCACAGCGAGAUCAAAUCCAGCCCUAUCUUACGCUCAGACUACACCUCCGAAAUGCGGGUCAAGGAUGGUAUCCUGGACCAUGUGUUGGUAACCGAGAACUACCUCUACAUGCCAUUCUCCAUUGGUCGUAAUGGAGCCAAGGGUGUACAAACCAAGUUACAACUCCAAGGUAAAUCCAAGGACGCCCCGAAGAACAAAUGCACAGAACCCAAGUCCAUCAUCUUCGAGAACCCUCAUCCAAUGGUCUCGGAGAAGAGUGAUGUCAAGACCAUCAUUGACGCUGUCAAGGACACAGCCAACAGCAUCAAGGAGACUGUCUCAGAAAAAACAGCGAGUAAAUUCGGACAAUUGAUUUCUGUCAUGGCCGCCGGUAAGAAGGAUGACCUUCUCGCUGUGUACAACCAGGUCCAGAGUGGAGCAGGGUUCACAGACAAGGAAAGAGCAAAGAAAGUGUUCCUAGAUGCGUUAUUCAGGACUGGAACUGGGGAUUGUCUUGAGGUUGCUAUUCAACUCCUGAAGAGCAAACAAUUGAAUACUUUGGAAGAGAAGAUGGUGUACCUAGGUAUGUCAUUCAUCCGCCAUGCCACACCUGAAUCCAUUGCUACUGCCGCUACGUUACUGGACACUCCGAAGUUACCCAGGGAAGCUUAUUUGGGUAUUGGUGCACUUGUGUCCCAUUAUUGCAAAGCCCACGACUGUCAUAACCUGGAACAGAUGAAGACCCUUUCUGGUAAACUCUUGGGUAAACUCAAGGAUGGUAAGGCAGCUAAUCGGGAACAGGAGAAUGAAAUGAUUGCUGCUUUGAAGGCUUUGACCAAUAUGAAGCACCUUGCUGAUAAUGUGGUACCCAAGGUCAUUUCCAUUGCUCAGGAUAAGAAGAAUUCCAUGAGGUUGAGGGUUGCUGCGUUGGAAGCCUACCAAUCUGAUGCUUGCAAAGACAAACUUAGGGAUUCAGCCAUUUCUAUUCUCAAGGACACACAACAAGACACAGAAUUAAGGUUGAAGGCAUACCUUGCUCUGGCUGAGUGCCCCAAUGGUAAAGUAGCCACAGCUGUCAAAAAUGUCCUGGAUACAGAGGAGUCCUACCAGAUUUUGGGUUUCAUUGUUUCACACAUCCGUAUCCUCAGGGCCAGUAGCAAUCCUGAUAAGGAGUUAGCAAAGAGGGAAUUGGGACUGAACACCAACCGGAAGUUCCCCAUUGACUUCCGUAAAUUCUCCUUUUAUGAUGAAACCAGUCAUACCAUUGACACUCUAGGAACAAGUGGUAGUUUUGAUACCAGUGUUAUCUACUCUCAGAACUCCUUCCUCCCAAGGUCAAUCGGGGUCAACCUGACUACAGAGGUGUUUGGGCAUAGGAUGAACUUCCUGGAGAUUGAUACCCGUCAGGAGAACCUCGAUAAACUCAUGGAGCAUUACCUGGGACCUCUUGGUGUGCUUCGUGGUAAGACCCCUGAAGAAUUAGAAAAAUCCGCAUCAAGCUCCCUGAAGAAAUUCAUGGAUCACCUCGUUGAACGUAUGCAGAAGACCAGGGGUAAGAGGCAUGUCCCACAAGCUGAGAUUGAUUCAGUUGGUAAGGCUGUUCAGAUCAAGACCAAUGAAUUGAACAAUGAUCUUGAUUUGGAUCUGAGUAUCAAAAUGUUUGGGUCUGAGUUCCUGUUUUUGACCCUGAAUGAAAACGCUGAGGACUUCUCCGCUGAGAAGGUCAUUGAUAAGAUCUUUGAUUGUUUGGACAAAGGUAUUGAUAAGGCGAAGAACUUCCAACAUACCUUCACCAGGAAUGGUAUUUUCAUGGAUCUGGAAUUGGCUUAUCCAACUUCUACAGGUUUCCCGUUGAAGAUGUCUGUUCAGGGAACUGAUUCUCUUCAGUUGGUUGCUGAGACCAAGGUGGAUAUCCGUGCCCUUCUCCAGGGGAAUAAGAACUCUGUGAUGCAAUUGAAGGUAAUCCCUUCUGCUAAUAUUGAGGUUGCUGGUAGAUUGACCCUGGAUGCUUCUGUGGUGGAAAGUGGUUUGAAGGUCACCUCUAAUCUGCAUACAGCUACAGGUGGUGCGUUGAUCCUGGAGUUGUUCCCUACUGGUCUGGAUGCUAAAUUCAGUUUACCAAUUGAAAAACAGGAGAUUAUCAAUGCUGAACACCAACUGGUUUUCAUCACCAGGGAUUCUGGUCAUGCUGAAGUAGACACACCUUUGAAAUUCGUCGAGAGUAAACCUUUGGAUAUUUGCUUUGACCAUCUUGAACAGGUCAUAGGUUUGACCUUCUGUGCAGGUCUAAACUCCCCUAACCAACAAUUGAACCAGGGUACCUUCUUGCCAUUCCCAUUCAAUGGUAACAGCCAACUCAAGGUGUUCAUCACCAGGGAUAAACCAGUGACCUACCACAUCAGGGACAUUCUCUACAACACUGACAAAAAGGGUGUUGAAUUCAUCAUUGAAACCUUGGAUGAAGCUAAGAAACCCAUGGUAAGUCUUGCUGUGGAAGCAUUCGCACACCCUGAGAAGUACAUCAAGGCCUCAUUGGACUCACCAAUCAAAAAAGCAACCCUUGAGGACGCAUCACUGAUAAAUAAGGAAAAGUCCAUUGGAGCUAAAUUCAUGCAUGAUAACCAAGAAUAUUCUGGUAAACUGGGUAUUACUGUCACUGGUAAUGCCGCCAAGUCCACCUACAAACCCUUGAUUGAAUUCGUCACACCUGAUCAAGGAAAACAGAAGUCACCUUACACGGUUGAAGGUCAAAUCAUCGCUGAGAAAGCCGGGGAUAACUGCAAGUAUACCUUUGACAAGGUCAAACUGAUCUCACCAUCAACUCCUGCUAUUACUAUCUCUGGUAACCUUGGUCGGGAAGCUGGUGUGUUCUUCGCUGAUAUGAAAAUGGAUGAUGGUACCAACAGUGGUACUGUCAAGGGUAAACUCCAAGCCAAUGCUAAUUUACUCAAGGCUGAAGCCAAGGUCAUGAACACCAUGUCGCCCGUAUCCAACUUCCAGAUUGAUUAUGAACUCAAGCGUGAUGAGAAGUCGAUUUCUAAUGAUUUGACCUUGAUUCAUGGUGGGGAUCUUACCAAUAAGCAAAACACUCUGAAGUUGAAGAAUUCCAUCACCCGGAAGUUUACUGAUUCCACUGAUUACCUCCUGGAGACAAAGAAUACCUUCAGUUAUCCUCUGAUUGGGGUUGAAGGUAAGUUCAACCUGAAGAAGGUACCCAAGAGUCUGGACUUUGCGGCUGAUGGUAAAUACAACAAGGCUAAAGUUGGUGGUAAACUCAACGCUAAAUACAACCAGAAGGUUGUAGGUGAUUUUGAUGUCAAUAUUGAAGGUGAGGCACUUGAUAACAAACUCAAAGCCAAAGCUAAGCGAGAUAUCAAUGGGGAUGUAAGCACCAUUGAUAACAUGGAUCUCAAUGGUAAGAAGGCUGAGAUUAAGGGUACCAUCACCCAUAAGUGCAAACCAUAUGAUACCAACAUCGGGUGUGACCUUACCAUUCAAGUCCCACAAUGCCCGGAUGUUUUAAGUGUCAAACAUGGUUUUAGUCAUGUGAUUGACGAAUGCAAGUCUCACCUGAAGAUUGCAAAGGGUGCUGAGAACCUGGUAGACUUUGAAUUCAACGGGCAUAAGACCAAGGGAGGUAAUGGACACCUCAAAGCUAACAUCAAGGAUAUCCUCAAUGUUGAUGGUGAGUUGAAGGCUGACAAAUGGAAUGGAAAGGCACACCUUCUCGUUGAUCUACUGAAGGUACAGCGUAAAGUCAAAUUGGACUCUACCUUCAAUCUGGCUAAUCCCAAAUACAACAUCCAAGCUAAUUUCUAUCCUAACUUCGAGAAGAGCCCCAAGAAGAUCUCGUUAUCAUCUGAUAAUGAAGUUGGUGAAAAGAGCAUUGAUUCCAAGAAUAAACUGGAUAUCUUCGAUAAUCUAUUUGAAGGUAAUGUCAAGGCUAGUUGUGAGGGUGAGCUUCUAGAUGCCAAGAUCAAUGUGGUUUCUGAUUUGACCCUUCCCAAUGGGAUGUACCUUGCUGGUAAAUUCAACAGGGAACACCAUUACACCAAUGACCUGAUGUCUGGUAAUGUUUUCUUGAACCUGGAACAACGCAACAACAAAAACACACCUGGACGUAAGCUUACCAUCAAGGGUGAAGCAAAGAACACCAAUGUUAAAUUGGGUAAGAUUGACCUUACCUAUAACCUUGCUGCUGAUGAUAGCAAUGGUAAGAAUAUCAAUGGGGACCUUACCAUCAAAACCAACCGAGAUGAUGAUGAAUGCAAAGGUGAUGUUAAUGGUAAACUCUAUGGAUCCAUCCUUGCUGAACCCAUUGAAUUCGCUUUGAAAUCCCAGAAUAAACAUCGGGUAGGUUCCUAUUCUGCUUCCACAAAAUGCCACAAAGGAUCUUUGAACCUUGAUGGUAAAUACGACCUCUCUGGAGCUGGUAAUCCCUUAUCUGGUUCUGUUAACUUGGAUGUAAAGACUAGCAAUCCCAAGGUCAAGUCUAUCAAGUUCAACGCUGCUGGUAAACUCUUGAAGGAUGAACACAAAUGUGAAAUGGGUGGAUCCACCAAACUCUUCGUUGAUGACGAUGGUACUGACCCAGAUGCGACUGUGAACUUCGAAGCUGAAGGUGACCUUAAUGUAGGACAUCAUAAUGGUCAAAUCAAGGGUACCAUCAAAGUACAGAAACUGGAUCCCAUCACAGGUGCGCUUGGUUAUGCACAUAAAGAAGACAACGGUGUGAUGAAAUGCCAAGCGGAUGCUUCCCUGAAAUACGCUGAAGGUAAGACCAUCAAAGCAGACGCCUCCUUGAUCAGACCCAAUAAAAAUGAAGGUAAACUCGAGUUGAAACUGGAAACACCUUUUGAACACAUGAAAAAGUCCGAAGUUACCAUGAACUACAAACGUAGUGAUGAUGGUAAACAUGUCACCUCAGACCAGACCACCAUCAUUGAUGGUAAGCAAUAUGUAUCCAAGAGUGAGAUCCGUGUGUCCCCUGUCAACCCACUCUUCAGUUAUGAACUCACCCAUGAUGGACAUACUGAUAAGGUUCUUCUAUCUGCUGAAAGCCCCGGAAAUCACAUCCAUAAGGGUCUCAUUGAUGUAUCCUAUGGUACCCUGGUUUACUACUACAGUUAUGAUAUCAAUGCCCCAAGUGUGGAUGACUUCUCCAUUCUGAUCAAGAUGAACGCUCCUUCUUUGGGUGCCAAGAAAAUCGAGACUGAGAUUAAGAACAAGAAGAAUAAGGUCAUCGAGGUUUCCAUCUCGGAAAGUGGAGAGUCUGUUAUCAAGGGAACAGCCACCUAUAAAGUCCGCGAUGAAGGUGGUAAGUACAUCGUUGAAGGAUCAGGAGAAUUCACAGUGAGGAAUGAUAAGAAGACCGGAAACUUCAAAUUCAUCAAGCAGCAGUUGACCAUGGAUAAGAACCACGAGUUAGGAGUUGCUAUUACACUCGACAUGACCCUGGGUAAUCACGCGAUGGAUGCCGAAGCUAAAAUGACCAACAAACAAUUCCGGAUUAUGAAUUCCUACUGUAGGGAGAAGAAUCAAUGCCAACACUUUGAGUUUGAUUCCAAGUCGAAUAUGAUCAGUAUUGUUGAGUACGACAAUGAAGUUGAGGUUAGGAUUGAGUUGGGUUCCUAUGACUUCGGGAUGAAGGCAGUGUCCAAACGUAAACAACUUCAGUUUGAUCAUACCACAGACAUCCAUUUCCAAACUAAAGAUAACAAGAAGUACCAAUACAGUCUGUAUAUCCAUCCCAAAGAAGCUGGUGUGUCUCUAACAACACCUAAACGCCAGGUUUCACUUGAAGGUAAGGUUGAUAUACCUCCCAAGUUCAAAGGACCUGCCAAGUUUGACAUCUGUUUGUAUCUGGAUAAAAAGAACGAACCUACCAAGAAGACUUCCCUCACCGGAAGUGUAGAUUAUUCUGGUAGUGAUAAAUCUGGUAAACUCACCGCUGAAACCAAGUUAUCCUCACCUGGGUUGAAUAAGGACUUGAUUGUUGCUUAUGUUAGUAAAUACGACGCACCUUCAAGACAAGGUGAGGCAACUCUCACCGUGGACAUCUUUGCUAACCAAAACAGUAAAAUCGUCGCCAAUUUGAAGUCCUCCAUUGCCAAGGCUGGAGAUAAUGGUCAAUAUGACAUGGUACACCAUGCUACCAUCAAAUCUGCUGGUAUGGGUAUUGAUAUCGCUUAUGAUGAGAUCUCUUACUCCCUGGAUACAAAGGCACACACCUUCAAGACUAUGGCUAAGUUGACUUACAACAUGGAUAACCAUAAGUGUGUUUGUAUGUAUCUUUUGGAGGUAAGUCCGAAGAAACUCACAGGGAAGGUUCAACUCCAUAACAAGGAGAUUGUAAGCAUUGAGUCUAACCUAAAACUAUCUAAAGAAGAACAAGUGAUUGAUACUGACUUGGUUAUCUUCGGAAUGAAACCUUUGACUAGCCAUUAUGAACUGAAGAACUUCAACACCAUGAAAUACACUUUAUCAUCAAAGGAUAAUCCUGGUAAGCAACUUACCAUCAACGCUGCGUUUAUUCCUGGACAAAUCGCUGAUUUCCGUGCUGAAGUAUCCAAUCAAGAAUUAAUCAAAGCUUCCGUUCAACUUGAUGAAGCUAACUUCCUUAAACCUGAUUAUGGUAUGAAUCUGGAUAACAUGCAGAAGUUGGUGCUUCAACCAGCUAAGAACCAAGUGGAUAACAUGCUUAAAGAAGGCAAAUCUUUGCUUUCUGACACCGCAGCUGCUUCCAAGAAGAACGCUGAGCACAUCAAUGAACUCGCUAAGAAAAACGUACCUAACCUCAAAGGUGUCAAAGACUACUACGCCGGUGAAUGGAACAAAGUCUCUUCUGAGAUCAACGCAGAUCCCAACAUUCAGAAAGCCAGUGAAUUCCUGCAUAAACUCUUCGGAACCUUCGCUAAAGCUGCUAGUGAAUUACUCACCAAAGCUGUGGAUCUUUUGGAGCAGAUUUGCAAGACUAUCAAUGCAACCAUGAAGAAAUUCUUUGAUGCUAUGGAUACGCAGAUAUGGCCGCAGGUCAAGGUCACCCUGGAGAAACUCAUGGAAGUCGCCGGGAAAGUCUGUGAUAGUAUUUCUGAUAUCAUCUUCGGAGCUAUGGCUUGGGUCAAUCAAUUCCUGGAAGCCCAUCAGGCUGAACUCAAACAAAUUGCUACUACCAUCUCUAGUAUCACUCAGGACCUUGGUAGAUUCCUGCAGAAGAACUACGAACGUGUCAGGGCUUUGAUUUCUGAAAACGCGAAGAAACUCUUUGAGGAAUUGAAGGCUCUACCGAUUUAUGAAGAGCUUAAAGCUCGUUAUGACCUGUUGAUCAAGGACUUUGGUGAUUGGUCCGAACCAUUGAAGCAUAUGAUUGAUGAUACUUUGAAUACCAUCCAGGAUAUCAUUCCUAAUGAAGACGCGAAGAAGAUUGUUGAAGCUAUCAGGACUUAUGUGAAUAAGAAGUUGAAGCAUGAAGCUGUUGAUGACAUCGCAGCCAUUGAGAAUAUCAUCAGGAGUGUCGCCAUGUUGUUGAGGAAGUUAACCUCACAAUACAAGAUCAAUGAAUUACCUCUAUUGGAUUCUAAGAGUUUCAUCACUGAUUAUGUCUUUGCUCUGCCACGUAUAGUCGCCAUGCGCAUGUCCUGGGUGGAAUACUUCCUGGUUAACAAGGAUGGACCAUGGGAUGCUAUCCCUGCAACCCUUCAGACACUUACCUUCAACCCACGCAGCUGGCUUGGACCUCCAUUCAGACUCUAUGGUUAUUUGAUCCAGGGACAACACAUUUUCACCUUUGAUGGUAAACAUUUGACCUUCCCGGGUACCUGCAACUAUCUGAUUGCCAGGGAUGCUGUUAAUGGUAACUUUACCAUUGGUGGUACCUACGCGAAUGGAUUGCUGACUGCUUUGACUGUUGCUGACGCUACGGAUUCUGUUACCAUCAAGAAGGGAGGUCAGGUUAUGCAUGGUAAGGCAGCUGGUGAGUUCCCAUUGAGGUUGGGUACCAUCUCUGCGUUCAGGACCUAUGCUAACAUGCACAUCAACUCCAAGGCUGGUGUCGAGGUGUCUUGUGAUGUGAAAAUGUUGGUUUGUAAGAUUUCCAUCAGUGGGUUCUAUCAUGGGCAGAUCAGAGGGUUGUUGGGUAAUGGUAAUAAUGAACCCUAUGAUGAUUUCAUCAUUCCCAAUGGUAAGAUUGUUGCUGGUGAGGCUGAAUUUGGUAAUGCUUACAAGAUGACAGCAUCCUGCAAACCUGUAACCACUGUGGACCAUCAUGCACAUAACAGGGUACCUGGAUGUACCACGUUGUUCACCAAUGAGAAUACUCUACGAGUAUGUUAUCCAUUUGUCAAUCCGGAGUUGUACCGUGCUGCUUGUGAUCAUGGUGUGGCUGCUGGUGUGAAGGACACAGAGGAAGCCAUUGCUAGAGGUUAUGUUGCUGCUUGCAAUGCUAAGUACAUACCAGCAAUCCUCCCGAGUAAAUUUCUGAAGUGUACCAAUGGCGAUCAAGAACGUAGUGUUGGAGAUAAGUUCAGUGUGAAGCUCCCUGGUAAAGCCGCUGAUAUUAUUUUGAUUGUUGACCAAUCCAAAGCUAAUGAACAAGUUUACAAAGACCUGGUACAGCCUAUGGUGUCUGAACUAACCAAGGAACUCGCUGGUAAAGGUGUACCAGAUGUAGAAUUCCAUUUGAUUGGUUACGGAGGUGAUUUUGAUGAAUAUCCAUCUCAUUUCACUAAUAAUGGUAAACUCAGCUGGAGAGGAAAGUUGCCUACCAUGAAAUUCACUGAACCUGCAGAAGAUGAAUCCUAUGAACACCCUAAUGACAAUGUAGAAAAGGCAAUCAACUUCCUAAUCAAAGCAGAGGAAGACAUCGAACUCGCCAUGGGUUUAGACAUCAAAUCCUUAGCCUUCUUGGAAGGUUUCAAAUACCCCUUCAGGGCCCACGCUACCAAGACCAUUAUUGCUUUUAACAGCAAAGGGUGCAAACAGGGAAGCCUACUCUUCAUCCAGAAACUCCGCGCCAUGUUGUUCAAGGAUAAAAACUUCCAUAUUAACCUAGUAUCGUCCUUCAAUGACUUCAAGGUCAAAGACGCGAAGGUAUCCAAGAGUGUGGUGGGUUUCGAUGAUAAACACGUGAUGACAUUCGCGGAUGCCAAGAAGAAAUCACCUGGAAGCACUGAAUUGCAUAAGGAACUUGAAGUGGAUGACUACUGCACUGAUUUCUUGAUCAAUCAUGGCGGCGCUGUGUUUAAUGCGGACAACUUCCUCGCUGCCAAGGGCCCACAACGCACGCAAUUCACCCAGUUGGUUUCGCACACCCUGGCGGAACAAAUCACAACCACCGAACAAGGUUUGGAUUGCUCUUGUGCAAUUCGUGGCGUUGCAACUGCCCAGAACGUAUGCAAAAGUGUUUACAUCAAUGACAAAGAGAAGUAAUAAAUUAUGAUGGGAUAUUAUUUUACCAUUAACAUACGCCUACGUAUUUGUAUAAAUAUAGCAAUUAUAUAAUGUAAUUAAAUGUAAACGUAACGAAUAAAGUUUAUUUGAUUUUUA